UAACUUUUUUUUCUCUUCAUUAUAUCAGAUACAACUGGAUGAACUGAUCUACUAAGGAUGAAUCUUACCUUCCAGAGUUAUGUAGAAGCUCUCUCUUUUAUUCUCAGCACGAUGGGAAUGGGAGUAGCCAUCUUUUGUCCAUUUUGACUAUUUCAGUGCUCCAUCAUCAGCUGCUUUUGUCGCUUUCUGACAAUGGUCUGCGGUUAAGAUUACGUGCAAAGCCACCAUCAUGCCUAUGAGGAUGGAGGUGCAGAAUGUUUCUGAGCUUCCUGAUCAGAGGAUGCCCAUUUCAGAUGACCAGGAAAUGGCUGGGAACUCCAACUUAGCACAGAGCAAUUAUGAGGAGAUCAGAGAGUGGAUUGAAAAGCAAGCACAGAGGGAACUAAGCUCAAACAAGACGCUGGCGGAAGGGGGUAGUGCUGAAAUUACAAAUCAAAAAGAUUAUGUUCUACCAAAGCCACCUGAGAAGCCUAAACGGAGACCGCACAAACUGGAGAGAGCUUUUUCUCUGGAUGAAAAAAGCUGGCAAAGGAGAUUUAAGACUAGCCAGGGGAGCUUAACAGACCUGCAUGAAUCUGGGUCAUCAUCGGGUUCUCUUCAGGAAGCUGCGAUCACUGGGGAACGAUCAGCCCUUGGAUCAGACAGCCUGAAUCACGACCAUCCCUCCAGCCGGCAGAAUCAUUCUGCCCCGGGGUCUACUCCGCUUAUCGCCAGCAGAAUCGACAUGACGUCCGCUUCGAAGAAAGUCAAGCCUUCUUCUAAAUCUAAACCUCGCCUUGCACAUGUAAAACCUUCACAGCCUUUGCCUCAGCUAGAUUUUAAUGUUACUUCCAGGGCUCUGAGGACGUCUAACAAAAUAGAUCCAGAUUACAUGGAUUACAAGCAGCGUCAGAUUCUCCGGCACAGCAGCAGUCUGAGUGACACACGGCUCCUUGGUACGGUGUGUGAUCACUGCUCCAAUGACUCUUUGAGGUCCACCUACAGCCUUCUCACCCCCAUCCGAUCCAAGGAUGUCCGAAACAGAAGCUAUCUGGAAGGCAGUCUAUUGGCCAGUGGAGCAUUGCUAGGGGCGGAGGAACUGGACCGAUACUUCCCUGAUAGGAGAGCAGGAAUUUUCAUUGCUACCUGGAACAUGCAAGGCCGGAAGGAGCUUCCGGAGAGCUUGGACGACUUCUUGCUGCCACCAGACGAUGAUUUUGCUCAGGAUAUUUACAUUAUCGGGAUUCAGGAAGGAAGCCCAGACAGGAGGGAGUGGGAAGUCCGGCUCCAGGAGACUCUAGGACCCCAUUAUGUGCUACUGCACUCUUCUGCCCAUGGUGUCCUCUAUCUCUCCAUCUUUAUUCGUCGAGACCUCAUCUGGUUCUGUUCAGAGGUUGAGUCCUCCACAGUGACCACACGCAUCGUAUCCCAGAUCAAGACCAAAGGCGCUCUGGCCGUGUCCCUCACUUUCUUCGGAACGUCUUUCCUUUUCAUCACUUCCCAUUUUACAUCUGGAGAUGGAAAAGUGAAUGAGAGGAUUCAGGACUACAAGAAGAUUGUUGAGAGUCUUGCACUACCUCGUAAUGUCCCUGACACCAACCCAUUCCGCUCUGAUCCCUUGGAUGCUACUACACGAUUCGAUGAAGUCUUCUGGUUUGGCGACUUCAACUUCCGUUUGAACAAGGAUCGGAAUGGGGUGAACUCCAUUCUACAGCACAAUCUGGUGAAGGAUAUGUCCCAACUUCUUCAAUACGACCAGCUCCUCAAAGUCAUGAACGGAGGCUCCAUAUUUAAAGGGUUUCAAGAAGCAGCAAUUGAAUUUCUUCCUACGUACAAGUUUGAUAUUGGCUGUGAUGAAUAUGACACAACGUCGAAGCAGAGAACUCCGUCAUAUACAGACAGGAUCGUCUACAAGAGUCGCCAAAAAGGAGAUAUCCGGGUCCUGAAGUACGCCUCCUGCCCCCUGGUGAAAACAUCAGACCACCGGCCUGUCUUUGGGUUAUUUGAAGUGCGGAUAAGACCCGGGAGAGAUAAUAUCCCGUUGGCCGCAGGGCUCUUUGAUCGUGAGUUGUAUCUCCUGGGAAUCAAGAGGCGAAUUUCACGAGAGCUGCAAAAACGGCAGGUGAUAAAGAACCAGAAAAGUAGUGCAGUCUGUGCAAUCUCCUGACUAGAGAAGGAUGGAGCCUGGUGAGCAGAUGGACAUAAGUGUUUUACUUACCUGUCAUGGCUGACUGCUGGUGUCAGGAUUCUUCAAAGUGUGCCUACAGUGUAGGAAUCCAUUACAGUGGCUGAGGGUUUAGAAUCAACCAAUCACUUUAAUUAGGGGCAUGUGAUGUCAUUGCCAUAUUGUGAGGUGAAUCAGUGUGCAGUCUAUCACUUUGCUUGGAACUUGUGUUUUAGUUCAGCACCGUUAUUAGUUCCUAGCAAACUGCUGAAUAUUGAUCCACCUUAGAGAGAGGAUGCCUGCACUGCAUGUAGCUGGCAGGAGUGCCAGUUCUUGGGUGUUAUCAUUGUCCUGUAACUUGAUAACACAGAAGCCUGUGAUGUUAAACACUGUUUUAUUUUUAACAAUGAAAGCAUGUGAAAAGGGACCAUUUUACUUAAAGUGGCUUAAAGUGAUCUCACCGAAACAGUAAAUGUUGC